CCUCUGCAGCGCUGACAGACAGCGGGCAGAGAGCAGGGAACAGGGACUCUGUAGGGGGUCUGCCUUGAGAGAAACGCGUCACCUCCAUCUCUUUUUAUUUUGUAUGUUGGGGAAAGGAGAGGAAAAUACCUAAAGGCACUUUUAAAGAAAAUUAACAGAUACUCAUACAGCAACCGGGGUGGGACUGGAUUAAAGCGGGAUAUAGGUGGAUGUAUCAGAGAGGAGAGGAGGGGGUUUCUGAUCUGGGGCUCCUUGGAAAUGACUCAAACAGCGGAUGGCAAUGAAGGUGAAGGAAGCUGAUUUAGGAGGAUGCAUCAUUUGCUUUUCUUCUGAUGAUCGAUUUCAUUUGUUUUGAGCCCGUCGCAUCUGAGCUCAUAAAGCCCACCAGGUUUCAGAUAAACUAAUUAACAUAUAUCUAUGUAUUCACCGCAGGAGGAGUUCUUCAUUUAGAGUUAACUCCAGCCUGAGAGAGUCUAUAUAAAAAGCUUAAUUCCCUUUAAGGAAUGUGGACGCACUCAUAACAAGCGUCCAGUCUGUUCUGCACUUUUUUUCUUUUUUCUUUUUUUUGGUGGGAAUUUUUGUGACAUUCCUUGAUUAAAAAAACCGAGAGCAGACCAUGGCCAUCAACACCGAUACCGACUUCCAGAAGUCCAGCCUGGGCGCUGGGGGCGGAGCAGGCGCCCCGCCCGCGGACCAGCAUGAGACGGAGAAACUCCUGGCGGUGACCACCGAGCCCGGGGGGAACGGCAUGAAAAUGUCCACCUCCUUCACCGCCAACGUGGCCGGCGACAGGGCCCUGGAGGCCGAUCAGAACGGCCACAGCGUCGCCAUGAGGUCGGGCUCCGUCGGACAGCUGUCCGCCGCCGCCCCCCUCUCCCCGUCCAGGGUCAGCCUGAGCCGCUCCUCCACCGGGAACGCCACCGUCCCGGAGACCCCGAGGCCCAAGGAUUACCUCAUCCUGGUCAUCCUCUCCUGCUUCUGCCCCGUCUGGCCCGUCAGUAUUGUUGCGUUGGUGUACUCCGUUAUGUCCAGAAACAGUCUUCAGAACGGGGAUAUAGACGGGGCCAGGAGGCUGGGUCGACUCGCUCGUCUGCUGAGUAUCGUCUCCAUCUUCCUGGGAGUGCUCAUCAUCGUCGUCUACACCUCAGUUCACUUCACAGCUUUAUAGUAAAGACCCGGAGGAGCUCAGAGAAGAUAAAAAUGUUACGUCAAAGCCAAACCACAGAAGCUACUGCAAAAAAAAAAAAAAAAAAAAAAA